AUGGGGGGAACGCACUUCGCCGACGACGACCUCGCCCACGAGGCCACGGGCGACGGAGAUGUGGGCCGCCGCGACGUGGGCAAGAUGGAGCACGGGUGCGAGCAUUAUCGGCGGAGAUGCAAGAUCGUAGCGCCCUGCUGCAAGGAGGUGUUCCCCUGCCGCCAUUGCCACAACGACGCCACGGCUUUGGGUGAUCGGCAUAAUAUAUGUCGCCAGGAUGUUGAAAAAGUAGUGUGUGUACUCUGUGAUACUGAACAACCGGUGUCACAAGUGUGUGUAAGAUGUGGAGUCAAUAUGGGAGAAUACUUCUGUGAUGUAUGCAAGUUUUAUGAUGACGACACAGAGAAAGGGCAGUACCAUUGCCAUGAUUGCGGCAUAUGCAGGGUUGGCGGCAAGGAAAACUACUUCCACUGUGCAAAGUGUGGGUCAUGUUACGCUGUUGCAUUGCGUGAUAACCAUCAGUGUGUGGAGGAUUCAAUGAGACAGAACUGCCCAAUCUGUUAUGAGUAUCUAUUUGAUUCAUUAAAAGGAACAAGAGUUCUAAACUGUGGACACACGAUGCACAUGGACUGUUUCGCUGAGAUGGUGGACCAUAAUAAAUACACUUGUCCAAUAUGCUCUAAGACAGCUCUUGACAUGACAGUUCACUGGGGCAUGUUGGAUCAAGAGAUUGAAGCAACAAUUAUGCCUCCUGUAUAUCGUUACAAGGUUUGGGUUCUUUGCAAUGACUGCAACAAAGUCUCAGAAGUGGACUUCCACGUGAUUGGCCAUAAGUGCAGCCAUUGCAACUCAUACAACACUAGAUCGACGUCGCGGCCUGCAGAUUUAUCAGGAAGCAGUUCUCCGUCGACAACAGACUCAUCUUAA